AUGAGAUUGCACACCGCAAAGACGGUCCUUGGAUUGCAUGCAAAAUCUUCGACAGCCCUGAUACGUCCAAAUAGUAUCAAUGCAAUCGGCAUCAUCCCGUGUCGCCAUUUCACUUUAUUAUCCCCCGUACGAACUUCCGAAACGAGGCCACAAUGCUUCUUUGCGCAGCAAAGUGCCGCAUACGCCUCGCAAACAAGACCCGCUUUUCAGGCUUCUCCCUUUGAUCCCAAAUCGGGUAAGAAGGCGACGAAAAGACGAGGGCAGAUAAUUCCUCGAAAAGCGGCGGUGCAACUGACAGACAAAGCCCGUCAGUUCUUUCGCCUCUUGCUGGAAAAGCCUCCCCGACCGAAUGUGGUCGGUAUCAUGCUAAACUACGAUCAAUCUGCUACCGGCGAACCCCGGAUGGUGUUUUCUUUUGAUUUCGUCACCGGUGAUCAGAUCGAUGCACAAGACGAAGGGGUUUCGUUGGAAAUUUUGGAAGACGGUAGCCCGAAAACACCAGCCGAAACCCUUAAUGAUGGUUUACCGAAGCUAUACGUGAGCCACAAUGCUUUUUUGAAAGUUUUGGGCGCCACGUUGGACGUUGACGUCGAGGCGAUAAAACCAAUACUGUACGAUCGAGAAGGGAAUGUGAUGGAUCCGAACGCAUAG